AUGUCGUCCAGUUUUGCGAGUGGUGGCAGAGAGGGAAAAAGGGAGGGGGGUCUAGGUGCUGUGACAGUUUCUACAGUGACCAAGACCAGCUACAGUUCAGGUGGAUCGGGGGAAACAAAGAGAGGAUCGUCCUCUGUGAUCACCUAUUCACCUCUUCCAAGAGAAAGGAAGAGCAUGACCACCAUGGCAGCAGCUCUCUCAGAUGUCUUUGAUGAAAGUUCAAGCACAAACUCUUCACCAGAGUACAACAGGAAGGAUUCUGCCACCAGAGGGAGAACUCAUAGCAGAGAGAGUGAGAUCAGAGCCAGACUUCAGAGUGCUUCUCCUACAGCGAGUUGGACGGAGCUGGAUGAUGUGAAGCGUCUGCUGAGAGGAAACUCCACCAGCACCAGCCCCACUCAGUCCCCCAACAACACGCUGCCCAUCCCCAAGAAGGCCAGUGUGGAAACCAGAAGCAUGUCUGAGAGCUCCACCGCAGACCACUAUGGCAGUGUCUGGUCUGGAGGUGUGAGCAGUAGCUACAGUUACAAUACCAACCCCAACAACCUGUCCACAACCUCCACCACCAACCACCUUUACCAGUCUAGAUAUGCGGUCAGACAUCUUGGUCCGGGUGUUCAGAACAACCUGACACUCAGCUCUCCCUCUAUGAACAGCGGACUAUCCGUCAGCAGCACAGUUUAUGGUGUGCAAAAAAAUGUAUCUGGCACCGGACUAAGCACAACCACAGUGAGACCCAGCAUCUCCAGUAAUGGCGAAGCCUCAGGCAAAGACUUUAAGUUUGUGCUGAUAGAGAAGGAGAAUACGCCAGUGAAGGAGACAGAGAGACUGAUCACCACCAAAGACACAGGGAAGCUCUUCAUGUCUGCUGCACCCGCUAGUACGUCAGUGACGUACUCUGAGGACUCACUGAAGAGAGAGAAACGGAAGCUAUCAACCAGCACAGUGGAGGAAGGAACAGAUGCUAAAUCUUCAACCCUGAAAGUUGCCACUAAAGACAAAGCCACAUAUGCAGAGAUCCAGAAAGAUGAGUCAGGCUUUAGCUUCUGGUCCUGCUGUAGCUGGUGGAAGUGGCUGCUGGGCCUCCUGCUCAGCCUGCUCCUCCUCCUUGGACUGCUCUUUGGACUCAUUGCUUUGGGUGAAGAACUGAAACACCUCAAGAACCGUGUGGAAGCUUUAGAAGCCAUCGCUGGCACCGCCUCAGCCAGGUCCAGUCGCUUGUCAGGCUCCUCUGGCAUCAACAUCAUCGACCCGCUGGAUUCGGCGUACAUCGGCAGGAGUUCCUCAGGGUCCACCCUGACCCGUUCUGAUAACACCAUCAACUUGGGGGCUGCUGGGCCGGGAGGAGUCGCAGGGAGCGGACCAGGACUGGACAGCGCUGCCCUGCAGAGAACCAUUCAGCAGCUGAUCAGAGCUGAACUCCGCUCAGAUGCUGUAAGAGGUGACAGCGGCUUCCCUGGCCCGCCAGGUCCCCCUGGGCAGAUGGGUCACCCAGGAUUGGAUGGAUUAAGGGGACCAAAGGGAAGUGCAGGUGAACCAGGUACCGAGGGACCACCCGGUCAGAGGGGCCGGGAGGGACCGAUGGGUCCCCGUGGAGAGACUGGACCACAUGGUUUUGGAGAGAAAGGAGACAAAGGAUCUCAAGGUGAGCCAGGACGUCCCGGUCCUGCCGGUGCUACUGGACCUGUGGGGCUGAAAGGUGCCAUGGGAGAGCACGGUGCCUCAGGAAGCCCUGGUGCUCCUGGUGUAAAAGGUUUCCAGGGUGAAGCAGGAGCUCCAGGAGCAAAAGGUGACACAGGUUCGAUGGGACUUCCUGGUGUGAGAGGACCACCUGGACUUCCUGGAGAUCUUGGUCCUCCAGGCACCCCUGGGCUUCAAGGACCCCAAGGUGAACCCGGUCUGCCUGGUAAAGUCAUUGCUCCAAUUGGCUCUGACACUGUGGCCAUCCCUGGACCUCCAGGGCCUGCUGGGCCUCCAGGCCCUGCUGGCUCCCCUGGUUUGUCUGGCCCCAUUGGCCCUGCUGGUAUCCCAGGACAACCUGGAGAAAGGGGAGAGAAGGGAGAGCAAGGAAAACCUGGUGAGCCUGGCAUCAGUGUCACAAGUUCAGAAACUGUCCUAACAGGACUGCCUGGUCCACCAGGACCCCCAGGUCCUCCUGGAGCACCUGGUUCUCAGGGUCCUCCUGGUGUUGGUUCACCUGGACCCCGAGGAGAGAAAGGAGAACCUGGCAGCUUUGUGCCUACAUCAGAGACCUUCUUUGCUGGACCACCAGGACCUCCAGGACCCCCAGGCUCACGGGGUUCAGCAGGUGACCGAGGACCACAAGGGUACCAAGGUGAACCAGGCCAACCAGGUCUUCCAGGAAGUCCAGGGGAACCAGGUGUUGGUUUCCCAGGUCAGCCUGGACCAAGGGGGCCUCAGGGACCAGAAGGCCCGAGUGGCCCUCAAGGUCUACCAGGCCCUCAGGGGCCAAAAGGACAUAAAGGUGAUGCCGGAGUCCUCGGGGCCAGUGGUAGCUCAUUCACUCCUGGCCCUCCAGGCCCACCUGGACCACCUGGAAGAGAUGGAAGUUUGGCUGGAUCACUAGAUGUGGGCCAGUACAUUGCAGAGUACCUUCAGAGUGGUGCCAUCAGUGGAUAUCUGGCUGGGCCUCCUGGGCCUCCUGGGCCUCCAGGAGCCCCAGGGACUUCAGGAGACGGGCUGGUGGAUGAUGUGGCCAACAGAGUCAUUGCCUACCUCCAGAGAGAGGAUGUGAGGAGAUACGUUGCUGGUCCUCCUGGUCCAGCAGGACCUCCUGGAGAUCUGAGCCUUGGCAGAUUUGAAACCCAGGAGGUUGCUGAACGGAUCCUCAGUUUCAUGAAUGAGAGGGGGAUGGUAGGUGUCCCUGGACCUCCUGGACCUCCUGGCCUUCCUGGAAAUGUGUUAUCAACUGGGUAUCAAGCACUUGUGGGCCCUCACGGGCCUCCUGGUCCUCCAGGUGUCCCUGGUGCACAAGGAGCACCUGGGCCAGCAGGACCACCUGGCCCACCGGGACUUGGAAACUACAUCAGCGCAGACAUCCGUGACUACCUGCAAAGUGUCGCCUUCAGAGGCCCUCCAGGCCCCCCUGGUCCCCCUGGACCUACAGGCCCUGCCGGUCCAAUCCGUGGAAUUGUUUCCUAUGCUGAGCAUGCCAACAGAGAGUUGCUCAAGGCAGAGCAAGAAUAUGUCAGGAGUGAUGGUGUGAGAGGAGCUAUGUUUGGACUUCCUGGUCUACCAGGUCCUCCUGGACCCCCAGGACACAAGGGAGAACCAGGUGUGCCUGGUGCCAGAGACUGGAACGUGGAUACUGGUGACUACUCCAGCAUGGCUGUCAAAGUAACUGAUUACAUCAAAUCCCAUGGUCUGCUCCGGGAUGUUUUGAGAGACAGUGAACGUGUUGUUCAAGGACCCCCAGGACCUCCUGGACUUCCAGGAAUGCCUGGACAAAGCCAGUGGAUUAGUCCUCGUGAAAACGUCGUGGAUGUGGUGGACUAUCUCAAAUCUCGUGGUGUGCUGCAUGACAUUGUGAGAGAGUACAACAGUCGCGUCUUCCAGGGACCUCCAGGACCGCCCGGCCCCCCAGGUCCCCCAGGAUACAGCCGAUGGUUUGGUUCACAUGGAAAUGCCACAGAACAGCUGGAAUAUGUCAGAUUGCAAGGUCUGCUUCGUGACAUUGAGCGGACUCGCAAUGAACGCGUCACCCAAGGACCACCCGGACCACCUGGCCCUCCAGGUCCGCCGGGAUACAGCCGGUUGUUUGGUUCCCAAGCAAAUGUUACUGAUUUGGUGGAAUACAUCAAAACACAUGGAACCAUUGUCGGACCACCUGGGAGACCAGGACAGAAAGGGGACAUGGGAUUCCCUGGUCUAAAAGGAGAGAAAGGUGAACGAGGCCUUCCUGGGCCUGAGGGACGCCGAGGACAAAAGGGUGACAGAGGAGAAUUCACAGUGAUGACUAAAAGAAGGAAGAGGAAUGUUGGUGUCUGAGAACCAGGUCACUGAACUCAAAGAAUUGUGUAUACUGAUGCACACGCUGGAUGCCGUUCACCAAUUUACCUGUUUUUCUAAAGGGAUAUGAUUGUACUUUUAUACUGAUAAACAUUUACUGUGCAGAGUUGUAUUUGUGAAAUCACAGAUUAUGUAUUGAAUUAGCUUGUCUGACACAUGAGGGACCAGUAUGGUGACAUAUUUUAUUGUGUACUUUUUCUUACCUUUUCAUCACAUUGGGCCUUUUCUAGCCAGACCAUGCUUUGUAACAAAUAUAUAUAUGUAUAUGUAUGGGGUCCAUAGGUCUGAGACCACUUUCCCAUUGAAUAAAGAUUUUUUUAAUAGCUUUUCAUCAUCACCAAGAUAACUGGUUGGGAUCAAAUCAAGGACUAAACACAACUGUAGCAGAGAGGAAACAGUUUAUUUACAGCAAAAUGAAAAUCUACAGUACACAGGAAUUCUAAAAACUAUAAAUCUGUUUUAAAAAAUUGCCUAAUUUUCAUUUGAUUUUGAUAUGGAUCAUGGUUUUGUUUUUUCAGACAUUCAGAAUUUAAUCAGUUUAGACUUUCUAUCUGACAAACAGAACAAGAAUUGACAGGACUGAUUUGCCUAUUUUUGUACGCUGCAAACUUCCAGUGGGUAAGUAGAGAAGGUUAGCUAUAGCACAGGCGCUGCAGUGUGGUUUUUCAUAUAAAUAGCUAUUGAGAAUGUUUUGCAAAUGGUGCACAGCACUCCUUCAGUAUUUUUGUACAUAACAGCUGUUAUUAAAUACAUUUGAUAACUUUAAAGCCAAUCAUAAAGAGAAUGAGAUGAUAAAAUGAACCAAUCAGAGGUCAAGAUGGCCUAAACCAGUCAGGUCCAUUUUUGCAUCGACUGCUUUAACAUCAUUCACAAUCCUUAAGCCUAAAUAAAAAAACCUUUGCUCAAAGCUCAUGUUCUGUUUUCGUUUGUUUGAAUACAGUUGAAUGAAAUCAUUCUGAAAUCGUUAAAAUGCUUCAUGAAACCAAGAGUUUGACCAAAAUCUUUAAAAGGUGGUCACGACAGGUACACAGUACAUCCAUUUUUUAAGUAUUAAGGCUAUUAGCUAGCAUAUCAAUGAAAAAGGUAAUAUCAUUCAAUAUAAAGAAGAAACAAAAGCCAUGCAGGCCUACCCAUAAUACACCUGGUAGCAAACCAAGCAGAAAACCAGAGCAAAUACAAAGGACACCUCAUCAACUAUAACUGCAAGUUAGAUUAUUUUUUUUCUGCUUAGCUGAACUGAAAGCUGUUCAUAGUGAGAAUUUGCUGAGUCAGUUUCAUGGCACUCAGGCCUUGGAAACUCUUAAAAAUGCUAUAAAUUUUACAGAACUGAUGGACAUCAAUGAAAAUCUUUAUUCAUCCCUGAAGAACUUGCUCCUAUAGAUACACAACUUUUGCUGGACAACAAUAAAAGUGGUGUCACCUAAAAAAAAAGAAAAAGAAAAAAAGACCAACAAACAGGUACAUUAAAUGGUUUUUCAACAGCCACCACUGUGAUUUCCUUAGUGUCCAAUUAACAGUGAUCCUUUGUCUCUGUAUGUAAACACCAUCUCCACACUUCCUCUAUCAUAUGCAGCAAAGUAACUUAUGGUUUACACCAUGUACUGUGCGUUGCUAAACAGUAGUCCCAAGUCUUAAGUGCUUGAAACAGGAAGGCAUUCUGAAGAAAAACCCUGAAAGAAGGAAUCAUUUCUGCUGGAAAACAUUCCCACACCUUGCAUUGAAAUAAUGCAUAAGACUGGUUAUUUUAACCCCUAAUGUAUCACAAAGACGAUGUGUAAAGACGAACGACUGCCUGGACGUCUUAACCUCUCUAACACAGACACACAUGAAUGACCUAAUAAAAAUAUACUGUAUCAUCAUUCCUUCAUUAAGAGUGAUGUGUGCUCCUUCGUUGUCAGAAAUACAUUCUAUUUGAUGAUCAAUUAUAAAUGAUAAGGUUGCUAUUUAAUAUUUAACCAAAUUAAGUGGUAUAAAAAUCCUUUCCUUAGUGCAAAUGUCUAAAUUAGAGCUAAAUUGAGCAGCAAAUAAUAAUCAUACAUUGCUUGAUUUUAAAAGCCAAAAACAUCAGAUUCUACAGGCACUGGAGUCUGCAUAAAAAAAAAAAA